AUGGCUGCCCCCGGCGCAGACGACGACGAAGCAGGCCCGGCCCCUGGCCUGCCCGCUCCCAUGGGCACGGGCAUGAGCCCGCCUCGGGGCCCGGGAUCGGAGUCGGCCGCUUCCUGGACCCUCCCCGACGAGCUCAACCUCCUCACCCUCAACUGCUGGGGCCUCCUCCACAUCUCGACCCUGCGCACGCCGCGCCUCCUCGAGAUUGGCCGUCACAUCGCCCGCCUCGAGCCCCCGCCGCACAUCGUCUGUCUCCAGGAGUGCUGGGUCCAGGACGACUACCGCGCCAUCCGCGAUGCCACCCGCCGCAUCCUGCCCCAUGCCAAGUUCUACCACAGCGGCGCCUUUGGCGGUGGCCUCGCCAUCCUGAGCCGCUGGCCCAUCGAGGAGAGCUCCAUGGUGCCGUAUCCCCUCAAUGGCCGCCCCACGGCCUUUUGGAGGGGUGAUUGGUAUGUCGGCAAGGGCGUUGCUUGUGCCUCGGUGCGCUUCGGCCCUAGCGAGCGGGACGUCGUCGAGGUCUUCAACACUCAUACCCAUGCUCCGUAUGAGAGCGGCCCCAAUGACUCGUAUCUCUGUCACCGCACAGCCCAAGCAUGGGAAAUCUCCAAGCUCCUGCGCGCUGCCUGCCAACGCGGUCACCUCGUUGUAGCCCUGGGAGACUUCAACAUGUACCCACGUUCCCUGCCCCAUCAAAUCAUCACCGCUCGCUCCCAGGUCCGUGAUGUCUGGCGAGUGCUGCACCCGGACAGCUCGAUUGGGCCCGCCGACUUCCACCUUGAAAAAGACCGUGGCCUGCCGAUACCGACCGCCGAGUACAACCUGACCAAGAACGGCAGCACCAGCGAUGGCCUGUACAACACGUGGCGCUGGACUAAGAACCGGCAAAACAAGCUGCGGUCCGGCGACCCCUGUCCCGUCGAUGCUGGAGCUCAGGACAUCAACGGCAAGCGCCUCGACUACAUCUUUGCCUCCACCGGCGACGUUGCGUCCGGACGCGGCUGGGUGGUCAAGGCCGCCUCGGUCGCCCUCACCGAGCGCCACCCGGAGCUUCACGUCUCCCUGUCCGAUCACUUCGCCGUAUUUGCCACUCUCAAGCUUCACAACCUGCCCUCCACCAUCGGCCACGACGAGACCGUCUCCCACUUCGACGCACAGCUCCUGUCGCAUCCCAACACCGACCACGAUGCCCUUCCCAUCUCCGCCUACGAUGAGAUGCUCGCCAUGACGCGCAGGUACUUUGUCCGGGAGCGCUCGCAGCGCCGCUGGCGGGCGGUCCGCUUCUACGCCUCCCUCGUCGUCUGGGUCGGCUGCCUCGUCGCCGUGUGGUGGAGCCCCCGCAACUUUGUCGCCUUCCUGCUCAUGCUCCUCGCCAGCCUGGUCCUCGCCGCCGGCGUCGUCGAGGGCCUGCUCGCCCUCUUGUUCUUCUCGUCCGAGAUCCGCAGGCUCAAGGAGUUUGAGUGGGAGGUUGAGAACGCAAGGGCCUUGGCGCUUGCGUCCCGGCCCGAGGGCGACGUCUCGAGUCCGACCACGCCAAGCAAGGUGCAAUGA